CCUCGAAUGGUCCGACCCCUUCUGCGCGCGCGCCGUCGGGGCGCACCAGGUCGUGUUUCGGUUUCUACUCCGCGUUUUGAUCCGCUUUCCGGAGAAACUCAGUUACCUCCAAAUCCCGGAGUACUUCUGUGACUUGCUCCGCAGCCAUCCGCAGUUGAUGCCGAGCGUGCUGGCGGUUAUUCGGUACGUCCCCCACGCCAGAAUCCAACUUCAGCUGCUGGAAACCCUUGGCCAGUGGAUGACGGAGCUGUUGCCCACCGCGAAGAUCUAUGGAUUGCAAAUAUCCCUGGAUGUCUGGAAGAUUGCAACUUGUCAUGCUAAUAAAUCUGAAUCAUGCAAAAAUCUGUGUUGCAUGAGUGCCAAAAGCUGUGCACUUUCGACCAAGUUGGGAGGGGAUUUCUCAUGCAGGAUAGGCAUGCAAGAGACUUCACCGAGUCUGUCAUGCUAGGCCCCGCAUUCCAGACCUCAUGGGUCAUGGAGAACCUGCGUGACAAGUUUGCUCUCUUCCAGACCUCCAGGGAUAUUUGCACUUGAUAAAAUCGCGAACUAUUUGGGUUUGUUACUCGUUCUCGCUAUGGUGAAGGAACUGAGCCCGAGCUAUGUGCUGAAAGCGCUCUCGCGAUUGUUGAAAGGGACGGAGUACUACGACGCGGCCAGCAGUGGCUGCAUUUACCACCGCAGUUCCGCGAACUACCAUGGGACGAAAAAGAGCAGAAACAAAAAGAACGCCGCGACUUUUCACCACACUAAUCUCAGCACAGGCCUUUAUUACAACGGCCACGGAACGGGAACAACAACAUCAACCGCCGCCACAGCGCCCUCCGUGUCUUUCUCCCAGCACAACCAGCAUAACAACACGUGCACCACCACGUGGGCGCUCGGGAUGAAAGUGCUCGGAAUUUGCCGCGCGCUGAUGAUCCACCACCCGCAAAACGUGCUGUACGAGGAAUUGGGCGCGUUGCUGCACUAUUUGUCCGAGUUCCACACGUGCGUCGACGUGCGGGACCGGGCGGUGUAUUACCUCCGAAUUCUCUACUACGUCGGCGCCGCGCGGAUGCGGGAGCUGCUGGAAAAGAAUCCGGACAAUUACGAGGAACACCACGCGGCCAACAUGGCGGACGAGUUCAACUUCAACACGAUUUCGCAGAUGGACAUCGAGGACUUUCGCGCGAAUUUAGUCGUGACAGCAGGAGCUGGAGCGGGUUCUCACAGUUCUCAAAAGUCCUCGCAUCCGCACAGCCGCGCGGAGCAGGAUAGUAUUAUACAGCACGACGUUCUACUCACAGGGUCAUCUUCUUCUACUUCGCUAGGACACCACCACGCAGCAGUUGGAGUUGCAUCUACAACUUCUACAUCCGCCGACCUGCAAUUGCAUCUGCACGAGGCAGCUGGUGGUGGGAGAAGAAACAUCAAUACCACGGGGGACCACCUUCACAACUACAACAUCAACGGUCAUUUCUCGGACACGCACUCCGUGGUUUUGCCGAAAACCAUAACCCUCGCCGGCGGUCCCGUGCCCUUUCUGUCCUUUUACAAGAGUCUGAGUGAAAGGAGACACUUGGGGCUGUUGGACGGACAGUGCGCGAUCUUUCGGACCAAGGGACAACGACAUAGUACAAAUACUGCAGGAGCUCUUCAUGCUCCUGAUCUACAACAACUUCAGGGCGGCCAAAAAAACCAUUCCAACCUUAUUUCUACGGCCGCACAGGACCUAGCUGUUUUAUUGGGGGAGGAUGGAGGAGAGGACGAUGAGGAUGAUCAACACCAACAGCACAAGAAUCCAAAAUCCGAACCGCUUUUCACCAACAUCAAGACCCUGAAAGAGUACCGGAGAAUCUUAGGGGGCCGCUCGACGAAAAUCCGCUUGCCGUUUCGGUUGCAGAUUUUGGAGCACGUGAACAGCUCGAUCAACAAUAGUACAAAAACUACUGAUCAUCAACAUCACCACUUGUUUCCGGACGAAAUCUACUCCCUCGAGCUGCGAUUCGUUGGGGGCAACAGCUUCGUACCGCUCGACGAGCUGCACGUUCCCUAUAUGGCGCGGAGGAGCGUGGGAGCGAGAAAGAACGCACAAAGUGCAGGCGGUGGGGGUGGUCGCAAUGGGAAUGGUAAAGUGAGAAACAACCACGUCGACAAGAGGAAUACUAUUAAAACUGCAGGGAGAACAACCCCUGCAGGUCCGAUUAAUAUGGGUUCUACUUCUCAGGAGCAGAAUCUUCAUCCAGUGCAAUUAUCACGCGAACAAGAACAGCUACAGCCAGAGACCACCGACGACGAGUUUCCCCACUGCUACAAAUUAGUUUUGAAAAUUGAGGUCCGCGAACCGGUGCUGCAGAUUCUGGACGUGAACUUGACGUUUUCCGACCGUUCCGGGAACACGUACUUCGGCGCGUUGGAGUCCUUUGCGGUGUCCUUCCAAGAUUUGUUUCUGCCGGUGCCGAGCUGCUUUGACCUGAAGCAGAUUUUCCAGCUCUUCUGGGCGGCGGACGAGUUGUUGAGCGGAGACCUACACGGGCGGGGGGACGAUGAACACGAGCGCCAUGGUGGAAAAGGACGAGAGCAGCAGAACAAAUCACAUCAAAAUUAUGGGGCAGAUGAUUUUCAUGACAAAGACUUUGAUCUCGUGCAAUCGGUGAAGAUCCUGUUCGAGCCGCGGGCCCACAUCCACCAGAAACUUUCCGCCUUGCUUUGGCCGUUUCUGGUGCCGGACGACGUGGCGGAGACCUUGGUGCCGGAAGACUUUGAUUUCGAACAAGAACAGCACUUUGUGAUGAACGAAGAGGCAGAGAAGGAGAAGGAAUCUUUAGUACAGGGGAGUAGACAUCAUCACUCAGCGGCGCCCGGGGCACAACAUAAUAAUGCGCAUAGUGGUUCUACUUCUCAUCCUCAUGGACAGCACGACGGGCAUGAACAUCAGGGUCUUGUUCACGACGAGAAAAAUGAUUUCAACAGUCGCGGUCGCGGUGCACCGCAAGACCAGAACUUUUCCAGCAAGAAUUUGAAUUUGGAAACUAAAUGCGUUUUGAUCUUCAUCCCACCGCGGUACCAUUUGGCCCUUCGGUUUACCAUCUCCGAGCAUACCACAGUGUGCCGGAUUCGCACGGACAGGUUCAAACUGUUGAGCUAUCUGGACGCAUUCUUCUGGGGGGACUUUUUGUCGCCGGCGGUGAAUUUGGUGGGGUAGUAAAGAAAGAUGAUGCCUUUGCUUUGAUGAGUACUUGAUAGAAGUAGAAUGGGUCUGGAUUUCGAUUUUGCACUGCUACAUUUUGCUGUUAAGAAACAAGGUCGCGCAAACAUACAGCUCUUUUACGCUUCAACCGAUUUUUUUGACUUCUUCCAAGAAUGAAAAUAAAGUCUGUAGUUAUAGCUGAAGGCAAAACAAGCCCGUAAAGCAUGCACUCAUCAACCAU